CGUAUCUUUCUUUGGAAUUCCUGAUUAUAGAUUCGAGUCGUGUGACCCUAGCGCUAUCUUCAAGGUUAGAGCCAUGGUUACCACAUCAAACCUGCGCGAAACAUGCGCGGAUGCAACUCUGUCUUCCCCAUCACACAAGGGUUGACAUCAACGGCAGGAAGAUCUUUCGAGAUUUUCUAACCAUCAUUUUGUUCUUCAUCACAGAGGUAGAGGGAUCUGCUACAAGUAAAUAAGAUAGUUUGUUUCAUCACUCAGCCCGAAUUGUAAUCAACAUGAAGGUCUCGGCUGGAAUCUUGGGACUUUUGUCCCUCCUUUCUUCAGCCCAUGGGUUUGCACCCAUUGCUGGCCAAGCAGCCAAGAAGAUGCAACCCUUGGCCAUGGCUUCCGAUGAUGAAGACGGUGUCAUUCUCAACCGGUGGAGUCGCCACUUGACCCAGCCCAAAUCCCAAGGAGCCUCCCAGGCCAUGAUGUACGCCACUGGCCUCACAGAAGAAGAUAUGAGCAAACCUCAGGUGGGUAUCUGUUCGGUUUGGUACGAAGGAAAUCCUUGCAAUAUGCACUUGUUGGAAUUGUCCGAGCACGUCAAGAAGGGAGUCCAAGCGCAAGAUUGUGUAGGAUACCGAUUCAACACCGUCGGUGUCUCGGAUGGAAUGAGCAUGGGAACCAGUGGAAUGAGAUAUUCUCUGCAAAGUCGUGAUCUUAUUGCCGAUAGUAUGGAAACCACCAUGGGAGGUCAAUGGUACGAUGGAUUGAUCGCCCUUCCCGGAUGCGACAAAAACAUGCCCGGGUGCAUCAUGGCCAUGGGACGCUUGAAUCGACCUGGAAUCAUGAUUUACGGUGGAACCAUUCGUGCGGGACGACAACCCUCCAACAAUGAACCCUUGGAUAUCGUCAGUGCCUUUCAAUCCUAUGGAGAAUACAUCUACGACAAAAUUUCCGAAGAGGAACGAAAGGAAAUUAUUCAACAUUCCUGUCCUGGUCAAGGAGCCUGUGGAGGCAUGUACACGGCCAAUACCAUGGCCACGGCGAUUGAAGCUCUGGGCAUGUCUUUGCCCUAUUCUUCCUCGUCUCCUGCUGAUUCAAAGGAAAAGAUUGAUGAAUGCGUCGACUCGGGAAAGGCCAUGCUCAAGUUGCUCGAGAUGGAUCUCAAACCAAGGGAUAUCAUGACCAAGGCAGCCUUUGAGAAUGCUAUUCGAAUGGUCAUGAUGACGGGAGGAUCCACCAAUGCCGUGUUGCACUUGAUCGCCAUGAGUCGAUCUUGUCAAGAUCCCAAUGUGGCCAUUAAUUUGGAUGACUUCCAGCGAAUCUCUGAUGUGACCCCAUUCUUGGCUGAUCUCAAGCCAUCUGGAAAGUUUGUCAUGGAAGAUGUUCAGAACAUUGGCGGAACACCGGGAAUGAUCAAAUUCUUGAUUGACAAUGACAUGUUUGACGGAGAUCAAAUGACAGUGACUGGAAAGACCCACAAUGAAAAUCUUCAGGACUUGAACCACCCAGGAUUGACUCCUGGACAAGAGAUUAUCCGUCCCUUGUCCGACCCAAUCAAGCCCACAGGACACUUGCAGAUCAUGUAUGGAAACUUGUGCCCCGGUGGCGGUGUGGCCAAGAUUACGGGAAAGGAGGGGGAGACCUUCACGGGAACCGCACGUGUGUACGACAAUGAACAAGAAAUGAUGAGGAAAGGUAUUGAAGAAAAGGAGAUCCAGGCAGGUGAUGUAGUUAUCAUCCGCUACGAGGGACCGAAGGGAGGACCCGGUCUUCCAGAAAUGCUUACUCCCACAAGUGCCAUUGUGGGCGCCGGUCUUGGAGAUAAGGUUGCGUUGCUGACGGAUGGUCGUUUCAGCGGUGGUAGCCAUGGGUUCUGCAUUGGUCACAUUACUCCAGAGGCACAGGUUGGUGGACCCAUCGCGUUGGUUCAAAAUGGAGAUCCAAUCCGAAUUGACGCACGAACAGAGGCACGAACAAUCGACCUGUUGAUUUCUGACGAAGAGUGGGAAAAGCGUCGCCAGGCAUGGUCUCCACCACCCCUGCGAACAACCCAGGGAACCCUUUUCAAGUACGUGCAGAAUGUUGCCACUGCAAGUGAAGGAUGCGUGACUGAUGAAGUGAAUAUCGACGGAGCAGCCGUCAUGGCGGCACCCAAAACACCCGCUGUGGCGGAGUUGGAGGCCAGGAUUGCUGAGCUCGAACAAUACGCCCCGUAGAUGUACAUGUACAUAGCAGAUCCCUUAGUGAGAACGAAAUAGUCUGGCUGAAUGUCUACUAGCACUCAAUGCCUAAGACUGUCUUUCUAGCUGUGCAUUUUUCCCGAAUGCUCAGAUAGCUGGCAGCUGCUAGGAAGGCGAGUCGAGUCUUCUUCCAAGAAACUUGAAUGACGAUUGAGAAUCUUAGCAGUAUUCCUAUAGCACGACAGUUACGGUAGCUAGCUAGCGAAGCCAUACAGUUCCAAACUUGCAGAAGACCCGAAAAGAAAUCCCAGACUCGACUCCUGCGUGUUGCAGAAACAGAACUAGUUUUUGCACCAGAUGCUUGGGUUUUCACGCAAGAGACCAAAGACAUUGCCCAAUUUCUUUGGAGCCCAUGAUGCGUUCCAAUCUCCUCGCAUUGCCUCCUUCAAUAGGCCGACGAGAACUUCUGCAGAGGUUGCCGCAUCCCGAGCCAAGCCCCGGCCAAGUUUGUUGAGACCACAAUAGUAGUUGAUUUGUACGCCAACUUCUUCAAUGGGUUCCAUCCGGUCCACGCCGGGUGCAAGUUGAGUCAAUUUCGUUGGACCCAGCAGGUCGCCUCCAAUGCGAGUCAAUGUUGCAUUCUCUGCCUUUACAUGGUUCAAAAUCUCCUGACGGUGAUUCUGUUCCACACAACCCUUGAUAUCAAUAUGUUGAAGAUGCACAGACUGCUUCAAUGCGACAAAUAUGAUGUCGAGGUCAGCACGAAAGCCGUUCAAAGUCAAACUCUCCAACCUGUUUCGCCCCAAGACUUUUACCACAGUCUUUGUGAUUGCGAUGCCCCCGACAGAAUCAGCCAUGCCAAGCACUGUUGCAAGGUACAAUGUCUUGAGGGUUGGAAUGGAGCCAAUGGCUGCAUACAGAGGAUUCCAAACCCAGAGGGGAACGGGCCGUGAGAGGGUAUAAUGCGAUUCUUGGCACUUGCGGCUCCAAAGCUCCAGCGAAAGGGUUUCCAACUGACGAGAACCCUGCAAUGCUUCUGUGAAAGUCUGCCAAGAGAAUUCUCCAUGUAGUUUCCAAUUGAUAUUGACGUCCAACUUGACAAGUUGUGGCAACAGUCUCGCCAUGGUCCUGCAAUGGUCCAAGUGGCUUGCAAAGUGGUAGGAUAACCCAUAGACCGGGAAUUUUGAAAGCUUUGGGCAGUUUGGAAUGAGGUAAUUCAAUAUAUCUUGUCGAGUGUAUUGAUAGUUUGAAGAUUCAAAGGCACUGUUCAGUACAUGUUCCUGGUCUUGCUGGGAUUGGAGGCCGCCGCAUUGAACGACGGCAUCCACCAGCGCCACGAUGUCCACCAAUGGUCGAUUAUUGCGACAAAGACUAACGAUUGAGUCAACAUUUACUGCCUCAGGGCUGGUCUCAGCUAAGAACGGAAUGAUUCCACUGGCAAGUAGAUCACCUAUGCGGCACGCUGUUUGGAGUGGGAGUCCUGCUGCCGUCCACGUAGUACUUGGGCUCCAUUUCAGCUUCGUGGCUUGUGGAAAUUUCUCGCAGAAGGAUUUGAUCACUUUCAACCUGGCACCGCCAAUGAUCAAAAAGGCGAGGGGAGUAAUUCUGUUGUGGAAUCUG